UAUUUAAUGCUAUUUUCAGUAUCGGUUAUGUCACAAGAGGAGUUCAAUUUAUUGCGUUCAAGAUUUCCAAAGCCACAUGAAAGAUAUUCCAAUUAUAUUAAGAAUUUGGAUUCAUCUUUAUUUCCUUUAGAUAAAAGUGAAUUCAAUGAUUUAAAAAAAUUGUUUUCAAUACCCUAUGAAACAUAUGCUGAACAUUAUAACCGGUUAAAAAGUUAUUUCAAAGAACCAUUAUCACCGGAGAAUUUUAGAAUAGAAAAAUCACUUCGAGUUCUCGUAGGCGAAAGCUUUAUAGAUCAUGUGGUUAGAAUAAUAGAUAUUUUUAACGGAGAAAAUGGGAAUACUAAUUACACACAGGAUGUUAUAAUACAAUUAGUCAAUCAUCAAGGUAUGGAAACACUGGAAGUGAACAAUUUCAUAGAUCACAUGCUAACUUAUCCAUUCAAUUAUGAUAGUUUUGAGAAGUUUUGCUCGAGACAAGAAAAUAAAUUUAAAGCUGAAACUGAUCCACUUGUUAAAACUCUUUCAUGGUAUAGUCGAAUGAAAACCCUCUUGCCUAAAUUAAGUGACAAUACUAUUGAAGACUACCAAAAAAGAGUAAAGGAAGAUAAACUUGAAUUUCCAGAUAUCACACUAAAACAGUUCUAUCGACAUAAAUAUGGAUUGCCACAUCCAGGAGAAUUAUUUUCUACUUUUGAAUUAAGAACUAAACCUAAGGACAGCAACAACUCCAAUAUCGAGUUUUCUAUUCCGCCAUCAGUUAUUCCACUGUUAAUAGAUAUUUCGCCGUCGACUCCGCCGAUUCCGCCGACUUAUCCGCCUUCGUUGAUUCCGUCGAUUUCUUCAUCUUCCCACCUAACCUCUUCGAAGCCGAAGCCUGUGUUAAACAGAUCAACGCAGAUUAAUAAAAUUACGACCAUAAAACCUAUACAAGACAUAUGCUCGGAAAUCUCCAAAAGAUGUACAAAAAUUAAUAAGUUUAAUUUGUGCCCCGAAAUUCAUGAAUUUUUCGAUUUAAAGAAAUUUAAAAAAGAGGUGUACGAAACAUUCAUAUCAAUUUCACCAAAUUUUUAUAUUGAUCACGAUAAUUAUUCUUCAAUGGAUCAAGAAAGACGUGGAGAUCUGCUGCAAGAAGCUGAUUUCCUUGCAUUUAAGAAAGGUUUACCAAAACUAGAUGAAACUUUUUAUUCAUUUAAUAAAAGAAUUGAACCAAUGGGUGUGAUACCGAAUUAUAUGAAUAAUUUCGAGAAAUUAAAGAUAUUUUAUCCACGAAUACAUCAAAUUACGUACGACAAUUAUAUCUUGGACAUAGAAAUAAAAUAUGACAACACGACUACAGACUAUCGAGAUAUUAUAAAUAAACUUAAACUGUCUAGAGAUGAAUUCACAGAGUACAAACUCAGUUUUCCAAGACAAUUUGAUUUUUCUUAUUCAGCUUAUAAGAAGAGGAUGGAAAAAGAAAAGAUCAAUAAAAUACUAAGUGAAGAAGACUAUAAUGUAACUAGACAAAUGAACUAUCCACUAGUAAAUGAAACCUAUAAACAACACAGUCAAAAAUUAUCUCUUUAUGGCGUAGACCCCAUUCCGCAGGACAUAUUUAAGUUUUUAAAAGGAAUUUAUCCCACUCUGUUGGAAAAAACAUAUGAACACAGGGUUAAAUACUAUGUGUGCGAGUUUCUUAAACUCCCCAAUUAUGCAAAAGACAAAUACAAUAUAGCAAACGAAAUGAUUGCAGAAAUUAUUGACAAAUCUAAUCCUGAUCAAGAAAUACAAGAUAAAGUUAAUACUUUAUUACCACAGAGGAUGAGUAAUGAAGAAAUGUCUUUGUUUAUAGAUAGAUUUCCGAUUGUAUUUCAGUCACAUACUGAUUAUCUUGAGAAUUACUCAAAUGAUUUGGUAAACUUACCUUUGGAUGAAAGAUUAUUUCAUUCACUUAAAACAGCUUAUUUUAUAUCAAUAGAUGAGAUCUAUGAAGAAUAUAAGGCAAGAAUGGAAUCUCUAGAACUACGUGCUCUUGCCCUUAACAUAUUUCGAUACUGCAAAAAAUUUUAUCCAGAUCUUAUAAAAAAUUACGACGAUUACAAGUCAAGUAUUAAAGAAUAUGAAAACUUUGAAAUCAAAAACCCGUACAACUAUAAAUUUAAUAAACUUCUACAUUUAGAAAUAAUAACAAUAUCUGAAGAAGAUUAUCAAACAUUUCAAAAAAAUUUUCCAAGAGCAUUUGAUACCUCUGUUGAUAGACAACAUGUUGAAAGUAAUGCAUCAAUUUUCAACCACGAUAACUCUGACUCAAUUAAAACAUGUUACUUUCCAAGAUUAAAUGAAUAUUAUGAUACAUACAUAACAAGAAUAGUAAACUUAGGUUUAAAUGUUUUGGACUAUAAAUCGUUUGUUUUUUUUAAAGCCAUUUAUCCAAAUCCAGUAACAGCUUUAGAUUAUAAGAAAUACAAAGAUAACAUCGAAUUUAUUGACCAAAAUAUGUCGGGCCCGAAUGUUGACAGACGACACAUUAUGACUGAAACAGAGUUUGAACAUUUAACACGUAAUUUUCCGAAACUAUUUCAAAGUUGGGAAAAGUUUUCGUAUAACAGAAGAAAAACAAAAACAAACAGUAUGAUCAACGACACAAGCGAUUUCUUUAAAAACUUAUUCAACGAUCUAAAAAUGGUUUAUUACCCAAAAUUUGGACAAACAGUGGAUGCAUAUACAAUAUAUAUUUUGACUAUGGACAUUUGGUGUGAUUCUAUAAAUUGGAGGGAUUACUUUGUAAAUGCAAUACUUUUAUACCCGACGUUUUUUGAUGAGUAUAAUAAUUAUGAGUUAAACACUUAUGAACUUCCGUCAGGUAUCCAUAACUAUAAAUUAGACUAUCUAAAAUUAAAUGAAGAACAGUUCAACAUCUUUUAUCGACUAUUUCCAUUACCAUAUGAAUCGUAUACACAGUAUAAGAUAAGAAAAGCGGAUUUAGAUUUAAAACAAUUUUGUUUAACUGAAGAAGAAUUUUCAUAUUGGCAACAAGUUUUUCCACAAAUAUCUGAAACAUACACAAACUACAAAACAAGAUUGGAGAGUGAACUUUAUGUUCAAUCCAUUGUUUCAAAUGUUUUAUUUAAACUUUUUAAGGAAUUGUUUCCUCAAAUAGAUGAAUGUUACAAUAGUUAUCAAACCCGCUUCGAUAACGCAUUAAAAAACAGUAAUGAAGACACAAAAAAACAGCUAUCAUUCUUAGUUACACAUAUGGAUUUUAAAGCUAUGCAUAUUAUCAGUGAUACAAAAUCUGGAGGUAUGGCGUAUAAAGACUUUAAAGUGUUCAAAAACAGUUUACCAAUGCCAGAAGAAUUACGUGAUGAUUAUAUUAACAGAAUAAAUUAUCUCGCGGAAGUAUAUAACGAGGAUCUACCUGAAAUAUUACCUUUAGGUCUUUUCAAUAAUUUAGUGGAAAUUUAUCCAAAACAUAACGUUUCUGAUUAUACAACUUACUGUGAAAAUAUGAAAGAAAUUGAUGUCAUACCAGUGUCAAAAUAUACGUUUGAUCAAUUGGUCACAGUGGCAAAAAAAAUGAUUGAACAGCGUUAUGAUGUUACACCAACCGCUUUCUACAAUGUAGUCAGUAAAGAUCAUGAAAAUUUUCCGAAUCAUUGAAUUCCGAUGUAGUGUAAAUACAUCUUGGUAAUUAUUGCACGUCAAUUGCCCAAGAUAAUAAAUAACCUAAAUAAAAAAUAUAUACUAAAAAUCAUCAAGAUAAUUGUAAUAGAUAUUUCAAUACAAAAAAGUUUCAAAUAUAAUUAUUUAUUAUAACAAUAAUUAUUAUUCUUAUUUAUAUACCUAAUAAAAAUCUAAUUUAAAUU